UGAGCCCCGUUGAGUCACAGAGCUACCUGGAUUUAGGUAGCUAAGGAGCAGUAGGAGCUGUGCUUCCCAGCUGUGCUUCCACGCUCCGCUCUCUGACAGAGCACCAGGCCUUCCAAACACGGGAAGAAGAGGCGCAAGUGAAGAGCUUCUGGAGAUACAGAACUAGCCCUGAUGGACUUCCUUCCACAUUUCUCCAUCGAGACAUGGGCGCUCGUCCUCCUAGCCAUGGGUCUUCUGCUGCUUUAUGGAGUCUGGCCUUACCGUGUCUUCAGAAAUAUGGACAUUCCAGGACCGACACCAUUCCCGUUUUUUGGCACUGCUCUCGCCUAUCGCCAUGGACAAGUGGAAGUUGAUAAGGAGUGUUUUAAAAAAUAUGGAAGCACCUGGAGGUUUUUUGAUGGGCGGCAACCUGUGUUGGCCAUUACUGAUCCAGCACUCAUCAAAAUAGUCCUGGUGAAAGAAUGCUUUUCCACCUUCACGAAUCGGCGGAGAUUUGGCCCAACUGGCAAGUUGUCCAAGGCCGUUUCGACAGCUGAAGAUGAGCAGUGGAAGAGGAUCCGUACCGUGCUUUCACCGACCUUCACCAGUGGGAAGCUAAAGGAGAUGAUCCCCAUCAUCCAGCACCACGUCGACAGACUGACGAAAUAUCUUGGGGAAAAGGCCAAGAAAGGAGAUCUUCUGGAUGUCAAAGAGGCAUUUGGUGCCUACAGCAUGGAUGUCAUCACCAGCACCUCGUUUGGGGUGACCACUGAUUCUAUUAACAACCCCAAAGACCCCUUUGUCAAGGAGGGAAGGAAACUUGUGAGGUUCAGUUUCUUCUCGCCAGUCUUUCUAGCAUGUAUGGUCUUUCCAUGGAUAACUCCUUUUCUGAACAUGAUGAAUAUUACCAUAUUUGCUUCUGACGCUGUAGAGUUUUUUACAAGGGCAGUCAAAGAAAUGAAGAAGGACCGGGAACAAGCAACAGAUAAGGGCAGAAUGGACUUCUUGCGAAUGAUGAUUGAAUCUCAAAAAGCAGGCACAAACCAAAACAGUGGUGGCACCAGUAAAGGUCUAACAGACGAGGAGAUCACGGCACAAGCGGUUAUCUUCAUAUUUGCUGGUUAUGAAGCCACCAGCAACCUCCUCGGCUACGUCGCUUAUAUGUUGGCUACUCAUCCCGAUGCCCAGAAAAAACUUCAGGAUGAGAUUGAUACCAUUCUGCCCAAAAAGGCUCAAGUCACUCAGGACUCCCUCAUGCAAAUGGAAUAUCUCGACAUGGUCGUGAACGAAACUCUCCGGAUGUUCCCUGUUGGCGGACGACUUGAAAGGGUCUGCAAGCAGAAUGUCGAGCUAAAUGGGAUCACCAUUCCCAAAGGAGUAGUGGUGGCUAUUCCAAUAGCGAUCCUGCACUAUAAUCCAGCCCAUUGGUCCAACCCUGAAGAAUUUAGACCCGAAAGAUUCAGUAAAGAGAAAAAAGAACAGAUAGAUCCUUACAUCUUCAUGCCAUUUGGAGUUGGCCCCAGGAACUGCAUUGGGAUGAGGUUUGCUCUCCUUACCCUAAAGAUAGCUAUCGCCCAGUUAAUGCAGAAUUUCACCUUCAAGCCCUGCAAGGAAACACAGAUCCCAUUGGAACUGAAUUCAGUGGGCCUGCUGAGACCCAAAAAACCCAUCAUCUUGAAAAUUGUUUCCAGAGACGAGUCCACAGUGUAACUGAAGUUUUCAAGUGGAGAGCAUUGGCGAUCUUAGGGAAUGAAUCCUGAGAGGUUUGCUGCUAGCAUUUUGCUGGUGUGACUGUUAUUUUGUGCGUAAUUGUGGGGGCUUUGUCUGUGUAAGGACCUAAUUCCUUUCCAUAUAAUUAGUUCAGUUUCUAUGUUUUUGCUUCAUGGGAACAUGGGGCUUGGUUUGUAUGGUUUUCUACUGGACAUACUGUAUGUAAAUGUAUCUAUAAGUUGCACAGAUGCUCCUGGAAUAUUUUUAAGGAAUCAUUAAAAAGUGUCAAAACUGUCACAUUUUAUGGAAA